UGUCAGUGAAGGGGGACGACGGACUGCUCGUGUUCUUCCUCUUGAGAUUUUGUGUUCCGAACAGACGAAAUGUUGUCUCAAUCGGAAAAACAUGCUUCCGAUUGAAAAAACAUGUUCUUGAUUCGUCUCCGGAGUUCAUACUCGGCUCCAAUACUCAAAGACUUUACCUUUACCCCGCCGAAACCCUAAAGACGAUUGCAGCGCUUUCCUUUGUUUUGAGGUCAUGGAUGACAAAAAAAUGAUAGCAAUUUGUCAGUUGGGUGGUGAGUUCAAGACUAAUAGGGAUGGUUCGUUGUCAUACAGUGGUGGGGAUGCGCAUGCUAUAGAUAUUGAUGACCAAAUGACGUUUGAUGACUUCAAGAAGGAAGUGUCAGAAAUGUUUAGUUGUGGUAUUAACACAAUGUCUAUUAAGUACUUCCUCCCUGGUAACAAGAAGACCCUAAUUACCAUCUCCAAUGAUAAGGACCUAAAGCGGAUGAUAACAUUUCAUGGGGAUUCCCUCACUACUGAUGUGUACAUCAUGAUGGAAACACCUGAUGUUUCUAACAUGCCAGCUAGUAGGUCAAGUAGGACAACUUUGUCAGAAGCAGUUCCUCCUAUUGAUCCUCCCCUUGAUGUUAUGGACAACAUUGUUAGUGACACCAAUCAACCUAAUUUUUCUCUUGGUGCCCCUCUUGAUGUUAAUGAUGGCACUAACAAUGUUGUGGCGCAUAUAGAUGACGUGCAAAUUGUCCUUCCUGAAAUCUCAGCCUCACUUUCUCUUAUUCACUCCAAUGAAGAGAAACAUGUAAAAGCUGCACAACAGUGGCAGAAUGCUAUCACAGGAGUGGGGCAAAGAUUCAAUGGCGUUAAUGAAUUUCGUGAAGCACUACGUAAAUAUGCACUUGCAAAUCAGUUUGCUUUUAGGUACAAAAAGAAUGAUAGUCAUCGUGUGACUGUUAAAUGCAAAACAGAAGGCUGCCCUUGGAGAAUUCAUGCAUCAAGGUUGACAACCACUCAACUAAUAUGUAUCAAAAAGAUGAACCCAACGCAUACCUGUGAUGGGGGAGCUCUUACUGGUGGGAAUCAGGCUACUAGGAGUUGGGUGGCUAGUAUCAUUAAGGAGAAAUUAAAAGCUUUCCCAAACUACAAGCCCAAGGAUAUCGUCCAUGACAUAAAACAAGAGUACGGGGUUCAACUCAACUACUUUCAGGCUUGGCGUGGAAAAGAAGUUGCAAGGGAGCAGCUUCAGGGUUCAUACAAAGAGGCAUAUAAGCAGUUGCCCUAUUACUGUGAGAGGAUAAUGGAGGCCAAUCCUGGCAGUCUUGCCACAUUUACCACCAAGGAAGAUUCAAGUUUCCACCGUCUCUUUAUUUCUUUUCAUGCCUCUCUGUAUGGCUUCCUGCAAGGUUGUCGGCCUCUUCUUUUUCUUGAUAGUAUUCCAUUGAAGUCCAAAUAUCAGGGGACAUUGUUGGCUGCUACUGCUGCAGAUGGUGAUGAUGCUGUAUUUCCUGUUGCUUUUUCAGUCGUAGAUGCAGAAACUGCUGAUAACUGGUAUUGGUUUUUGCAACAAUUGAAAUCAGCACUGUCAUCUACUUGUCCUUUAACUUUUGUUGCAGAUAGACGGAAAGGAUUGAAGGAAUCAAUCUCUGAGAUAUUUAAGGAUUCAUAUCACGGUUAUUGCCUUCGGUACUUAACCGACCAGCUUAUUAGAGACUUGAAAGGACAGUUUUCUCAUGAGGUGAAACGGCUCAUGAUUGAUGAUUUAUAUACUGCAGCUUCUGCGCCUAGACCUGAAGGAUUCCAGAGGUGCAUUGAGGGCAUCAAAAGUAUUUCACUGGAGGCUUACAAUUGGAUAAUAGAAAGUGAGCCCCAGAAUUGGGCAAAUGCAUUUUUCCAGGGUUCAAGAUAUAAUCAUUUGACAUCAAACUUUGGGGAGCUCUUCUACAGUUGGGCUUCAGAUGCACAUGAUUUACCAAUAACACAGAUGGUUGAUGCCAUAAGGGAAAAGAUUAUGGAGUUAGUUUAUACUCGGCGAGCAGAAUCUGGUCAGUGGUUGACACGCCUGACCCCAUCCAUGGAGGAAAAACUGGAGAAAGAAAGCUUGAAAGUCCGUUCCCUUCAGGUGAUGCUGACUUCUGGUAACACUUUUGAGGUCCGUGGUGAGUCCAUUGAAGUAGUUGAUAUGGAUCGAUGGGAUUGUAGUUGCAAAGAUUGGCAGCUUACUGGUCUACCAUGCUCCCAUGCUAUUGCUGUUAUCAGCUGUACAGGGCGGAGCCCAUACGAUUAUUGUGCAAGAUACUUCACAACGGAGAGCUAUAGGCUAACAUAUUCGGAAUCUAUAAAUCCUCUUCCAGAUGUAGACCGGCCUCGCCAGAAAGAUUCUUCACAAGUUGUAGUGACUGUAACCCCUCCUCCAACUCGACGUCCACCAGGCCGGCCUACCAAAAAGAAAUCUGGAUCACUUGAGAUAAUAAAGCGUCAACUCCAGUGCAGUAGAUGCAAAGGUCUUGGACACAACAAAUCCACUUGCAAAGAGAUAUUGUAAGGUGUUGGACAUCAGCACAUUGGAUUACAUCAAGGAUCAGGUGCAUCAAGAAUAUGUGCAUCGAACUACUUUGUUAGGAGCCCAAACAAAUAAUAAGAUCUGUGGUUUUGCUUGUUGCAAGGGCUAGGAAUGCUAAUUUUUUGUUUUCGGCUUACUAGGGAUGCUGAUGUUUGUAACGGUAGCUUGUCUUUUUACUCUCUUUCCAUGGUCUCAUUUCUAGUUUUAUUGUUAGUUUGGUUGACUGUGUUACCAUGACAAUGAUCUUUAGGAAAUUUAAGUAGUGCCUUGCUGUCUCCUUAUUGAUGGAAUCCAAAUGCAUAACCCCUAACAUGGAAUCAAAAAUAAGCUUUAGA